UCUUUGUUAUUGUCCUGUCAAUUAUGACCAUUCCUCUACUCGCUGGCUAGCGUCGGUCUCCGCCUCAGUGCACUGGUCAGUAAGAUGCAACUGCUGUGGAAAUCAUCGUGUCUUCUCUCGCUUUUUGUACUCCUUUUCGCGUCCGGCUUAUCAGAGGUGAACAUAUCAAAGAACGAUGACUUGAUCUACUACGACUACUCCGAGGGUGGCGAUAGUGCGGGGAGCGUCGAUAGUGUGGAUCAGGAGAUGAACGAGGCAAUUGAUAGGGACUUCCAGGAGCACAACGCCAUCGACAAUAUCAUGUACAUCUAUGGGAGUGAGCGCAAGACGGUGUCCGGGAAGAAUAUCCUGAGCGUCGGCAGCACCGUCGCCCUCUUGGCGCAAACCAUGACCAUAAUCUUGAUAUACGUGAGAAACCGGAAACUUCCUCGCCGGAAUGUCUUCUAUCCGAUUGUGAUAAACUUCCUGUGCGUGGGCUUCAGCGCCAACUUUGUCUUCAUCGUGGGCGUCCAGGCGUCCUCCGGCAGCGCCUUCAGCUGCGAAGUGAUCGCCCUCAUCAUCCACUUCCUGCAUCUGAGCGUGGCGCUUUGGGGUCUCAUCUACAUACAGACCAUCUACGUGUUCAUGGAGACAGACAUGGGGCCCAACAUGCGCCAAACCUACCUCACAGCCUACGGUCUUCCUAUAUUCUACAUCACCUUCUCCUACAUCCUCACGGGGAACGGUUACGAGACGCGCCACUUCUGCUGGCUCUCCGUGCACCGCGGCAUGAUCGUCAACUACCUGAUCCCCAUCUUCCUGCUCAUCCUCACCACCACCAUCCUGGCCACGGUGACGCUGCGUAAUCUGCGUCGGAAGCAACAGGAGGGCUUCGUGGAGAAUUUUGGGGGAGUGGUGCUCGAGGGCCUGUCCCAGGGCACAAUUGAGAGUCGGCGCGAUCAGUAUGACUCAAAAUUCGAGCUGGAAUCGCUGUCUCUGGCCGAUCUCUCCAUCCAGAGUUCCCUGGAGGUGGAAGACUACAUUGGCUUCCGCAGUGCCGUUCGUGUGUCACUCAUCUUCGAGCCACUUUUCUCCAUCUGCUGGUUUCUGGGCGUCGUGGCGCUGGAGAAUCGCGACACCUGGACCAUGCCAAUCGUUUACGUGGUCACAUUCAACGUCCUCAACUGGUCACUGUUGCUGGCGCGCAACAAGAUCUGUCCCAUCAUGAACGUCUCGCAGCCCCUGAUGGACUCCACCGUGGUCACAGAGAGCGCCCGGAAGGUGGACGAGCUGAUUAACGGCAGCUCAGCGAAGAGUGCCACAAAUCACACGCCCUGCACCGACACAAUUCCCCUCCUGGUCAGCAAUCAUGGGAGAGAGUGCCCAGAGGUGGUGAUAUCCUCACCCAAUCACCACCAGAUGCCCACGAGUGCAGCUCCUGAGUAGGAUCGCCCAGGCUUCCCAAACAUUCUUAGACUUUACUCCCUGAUGGACUCAAGUACAUUGACUUCAAUUAUACAUUUUAGGCACAUUGUAUUGGAAAUAAAUUCCGCAUACUCCCCAAA